GUCAAGAACGCAGUAUAACUUUUCGAAAUACAAGAAGGAUUUUCGAUAAAGAUAUUAGGGUGACGUGCGGUAACGAUCAGAAGUGAUGGCUACAUCGAACGAUUAUGGACUACAACGCAUGCGCAGCGGUAGCACAAGCAGCGAUCAUACUUAUUGCUACAUAAUGGAUGAUCCAAGCGAUUAUACUGAUCUAACAAAUUCUGCUAUAAAACAAGGCUUCAGCCCUACUCAACAAAAAAAAAAACUGAACAAAAGCACUAAAUGGACUAUUGUGGGAGGCAUCGCGACUACACUUCUUGCUGCAGUCGUUGUCGUGCUCGUGGUUGUAGUUCCAAGAAAAGAAGCACGUGAAGAAAAAAUCAACGGAAAGUCAACAACGCUGACACCCACAGUAACGCAACCUGUCUUUUCUAUCAUCACAUCCUCAGCGUCUUCUGCGCCUACUAGAGCCACCAGCAACUCCACGACUAAGCCGUCAAGCUCUUCUAUCAAUCCAUCCGGUGCUUCCUCUGCACCCACUAAACCAUCUAGCAGCUCCAUUCGAAGCUCCGUCAAAACUACAACCCAAUCACCAACAAGAAACUCCCAUUGUAUGAUUGUCGGAGAUAUGCUGAAUCUGGGUCACGAUAAGACUUUCUACGAAGCUGAGAAAAAUAUGCUGAAUGUUGUCGCUGGCAUGUUGCUCCCUAUAGGACAAAGCGACCACACUGCUGCGUUGUGGAGCUAUGGCCACGUCGAACACCCCAGCACCCUUUUGGGAACCUUCCACACAUUCACCAAGGAUUGGUCUGAAUUCAACGGCAUGUUAACGAACAAGAUGAAGUUUUCUUCUUCAAAGGUAUACCCACAAGGUGGAAACAAAGACGUCUUUUCCCUGAUUAAUAACACUACGGACCCCAGAAACAAGGCAAACUGCUUGGUUUUUUUAUCUGCCAUGACAGACGUGAAAGAUUAUAAAAUUGUACCAGAUUACCAUUACGAAAGAAUCGUCGUUGUUAACAUGGCAGGUGGCAACUUCAGCGGAAUUGUGGAAGAAAGUCAAGGGAUUGUUGUCGAGGUCUCUCAACCAUAUUCUGAUAAAGUAGAGGAGAAUGCUAAAAAAAUUCACGAUGCAAUACGGAAAGGUUUUCAUUCGUAG